GAGAACCCAAAGAAUGAGAGCAAGAGGGAGAUCACCGAGGAUGAAUCUCUCCCCCACUUAUCAUCAUCCCACGCUCGGAGAAUCAUCGUGGCGAUUCCAGACCACUUUUUACUGCCAAUAUCACGAUCAGUGUGUACCGUGUUGAGCACGAGUGUUAACGCGUUUUUUUGUCCAUUGUCCCAGACGUUUUGCAAAGAGUUGUAGAAAAAAAAAAUAGCUAGUAGCCCCCCAUUGUACCUCAUCUCAUCAUCAAACUUGGAUAGAGGAUUAUCUCUCUCUGGCGCGCAUUUGUAAAAUGAUGCCCCCACAGUAAACUCAUCCAGUCGAUCUCUCCAGCUCUUUAGGAUUAUUUAUUCAGUUGGAUUUCUCCACUUGCAAGUUCACUUUCUGGAGAUUAUAUAAUCAUCCAGAGAAGAUCAAUUAGGUAGAAAUCAAAAGUGCUAGAGUUCAAUUAAAAGGAUAAGAAGUGAUCAGGUGCUUAAGAUCCGCGUAAAACUCCUCGAAAUCCCGUUUCAUUCAUCAACUGCGGAAAAGCCCAAUUUUUCUGGGUUCUCCAUUGUGUUCUGUGCUAGAGGAGUGAGUGAAAAAAAAGUUUACCAAAUUUAUCUCACAACAAUAUUCGUUGUGUUUGAGGACAAAAAAGGUGUUUCACCACAUUUUUUUUCUAGGCAUGUAACGUCACCAAAAACUUUCAACUCCUGCGACGUGGUGGAUCUGGUGGAUUACUGAGCACAUUGAGAGAAGAGUAAAUCAAUAUGAAAGUCCUCAGUUUAAUUAUCUUCUUGGGUAUUUUUAAAUCGUGCAUUUUGGAACAGAAUUUGGAUCACAAUGGACAUUCAGAGACAAUUAUAAACAGUAGUGUUAUUCACAAUGGACAACAAACGACGCCGAAUUCGGCUGAAGAAUCCACGAAAAAUGAUCAAAUAAUUACAACAACAUCUUCAUUUAUUGGACGAACGGGAAUUCCUUAUGAAUUCCGAGGAUCUGAAUUGACUUUUGAGGAAUCAGGUCACGAGAAAACCUUCCUCUUUGCUCAAAACAACACCUUCAUCCAAUUGGAUGGAGAUAUCAUUCAGACUUUUCAACUGAGACUCUGUCGAGAGAUAUCAUUUCAAUUCCGAACACGUCUUCCACAUGGACUUUUGGUUUAUCACAAUGUGAAAAAUCCCGAGGGUAUCACCCUCGAUCCCUAUGCCCUGUACGUGAUUGUCGAAAAGGGUCAACUGAAAGUUGUUCAUGUAUUCGGAAAGCACUCUACAAGCGUUACAGUUGGCGAAGGACUCAAUCGUGAUGAAUGGCAUAGUGUUAUGGUGCGAAUUGAUGUUCAUGGUGCCAGAUUAAUAGCUAGAGUAGAUAAUAAUCAAGAAGAAGUCUACCUAAAGGGUCUCAAUCACGACACCAACUACGGAGUUUCAACCAAUCUACCAUCAGUUAUUCUUGUUGGUGGAUUGAGCUCAGAAGAGAAACUCCAUGGAGUUAAAUACAUUAUUGAAUCAUUUGUUGGAUGCAUAAGGAAUAUUGUGCUAAGUUCAGGAAAGGCAGCAUCUGAUCUACUGCCCAUUACACCUUUAAUUGCGACUAAACAUGAGAAUGUCAAGGAGGGAUGCCUCAAUAUGUGCCAUACCAGAGAAAAUCUCUGUUUCCUCAAUUCCAAAUGUAUUAAUCAUUACUACGAUAUUUCUUGUGACUGUUUUGGUACAAAAUACGAAGGAGAACAUUGCGACAUUUACACCGCUACAGUAUUAACCCUUCGGGGAUCGAGCUAUGUUUCCUAUAGGAUUUACGAUUGGAAAGAUCGAACACAUUCCCCUUUUACGAGGAUCAGUCUUAUGUUCAAGACGCGCUUUGACGAUUCAGCUCUAUUUUAUGGAAGUGGAGAGACUCUCAAGCAACAGUACAUUGGAGCAUCAAUUAAAAAUCACUCAGUUUAUGUGGAAAUUGAUUUUGGAGAUGGAAUAAUGAGUGCUGUUCUGGGUACCGAUCUCACAUCUCAUUAUUGGCACAAUUUAACAAUUCUUCAUCAUAAUGACGAAAUUCAUUUGAUUCUCGAUGAUCAGUACAAGAUUAUAGAAAUUCAAGGUUCUGUACAGAAUCUCCUCUUUGACCCAGAAAUUCAUUUUGGUGGUGGACCAGAACUCAACAAGAAAAAGGGUCUUGUAUCAAAGAAUAAUUUUGCAGGAUCCCUCAAGUAUGUCUUCUUCAAUGAGGUCUCUAUACUCUAUGAACUGAAGAAAGGAAGCCCAAAAAUGCACUAUAUUGGAAUUUUAGAACCGGAAUUCUACGAGGCAGAUGUCGAGGUUAUUCCAAUGACUUAUCCCUUUGCCACAUCUCACAUUUGGUGGCCAAUUAAUCACACUGAUGAAAUAUCAAUGAGAUUUGAGUUUAAGAGUGCUAGAACAGUAGCUCAUCUUGCUUACAGCGAAGUAACAACGGACUCUGGACCAGGAUUCUGGGAAAUUAGACUUAACAAUGACAAACUGAGUCUGGACAUAAUGCUGGACAAUAAGAAUGCAUCAGUUCUGCAGUCAAUCAAGCAGAAAAUUGAAAGUAGCUCUGCCUGGCAUGCUAUUGAACUAUCGUACAGCGAAGGAGUUAUCAAUUUUACAAUUGACUAUCGUCAAACUGUUCUGCUUAAGUACAAUUUGUCCUUUAACAUUGGGGACAAAGUGGUCUUUGGGAGUAGUUUGAGAACAGCCCCAUCUGGACUUGUUGGCUGUAUGCGUGAUCUUGAGAUCUAUAAUUACCCUAUAGAACCUAGAUACGUAGUCAAAACUGAGAGGAUUGUCGGAGAGAUUACCCUGGAUAAUUGUAAGUAUGUGGAUCCCUGCAAGAGACCAAAUACUUGCGAGCACGGAGGGAAAUGCAUUGUAAAGGACGAUAGAAUUACGUGUGAUUGCAAGAACACCGGAUACAUUGGUAAAAAUUGCCACUUUACGAAAUACCGCAAAACCUGUGAAGAACUUGCCCUCCUAGGCUAUACAAAAUCCGAUGUUUACCUGAUAGACAUUGAUGGGAAUGGAAUUUUUCCUCCAGCUCAUGUAAAAUGUGACUUUCAGAGUUUGGAAAAUGCUACAAAGACCAUCGUUGAGCACAAUCUACCCUCACAAGUUGAUGUGAGAUCCUUUCAGUGGAAUGAUUUCAGUUUCUAUAUAACAUACCGGGAAUUCUCACCGGAAAUGCUUCAGGAAUUAAUUUCACACUCCCUCUAUUGUACCCAACACAUCAAAUAUGAUUGCUACAAAGCUCCGUUGGAAUUGCACUCUGCAACUUGGUUUAUGUCUUCAGCCAAGAAUAAUACCGUUGAUUACUUGGGGAAUGUCAAAAGAGGAUCCUGUCCAUGUUCAGUUAAUAAAACGUGCGAAGAUGCCAAUCAGAGCUGCAAUUGCGACAGCUCCAUUCAGGGAAAAUGGUUCUCAGACGAAGGAACCUAUUCAGAAGUUCAGAGCUUAGGCAUAACCCAAAUGUUUUUCCUGCAACAAACUAUCCUGGAUGAGGAGGCUCAAGGAAGAAUAACACUUGGACCUUUAGAAUGUGUAGAGACCAAUACCCAAAAAUACGUUGUCACAUUCACAACAUCUCAAUCCUAUAUUGAAGUACCGGGAUGGAGAAAAGGCGACAUAGCAUUUUCCUUUAGGACUACAGGAGAAAAAGCCAUCCUGUUAUUUCAACCUCCUAUUCGGCCAAACUACCCCUCCUUCAUGGUAGCCCUAACAGGAGAUUACCAAUUAACUUUUAACUUUACAUUGAGUACUGGAACUACAAGAGAACUGGUCAUCAACAGCAACAGAAAACUCAAUGCAGGAGAAUGGCAUAAAAUUUGGAUAGACUACAACGAGUACCAUGUUCGAUUCAUGAUUAACACGGAUUAUCAGAUGGUUGAUUUGCUACCAGAAGAGGAAUUUGGACCCUUUGAGGGUAGCAUGUUCAUCGGAGGAGCUACAUCGGAUUUGCUAAAGAAACUCUCUGUGAAACAGGGAUUAAUUGGAUGCUUCCGUGGAUUGGUUGUUAAUGGUGAAAUCCUGGAUAUCUACAGCUAUAUGGCUGUGCAUUUGUCUGAAAUCAUAAAAGACUGCAAACCAUCAUGUGUUCCCAAUCCUUGCAAGAAUGGGGCCUUUUGCAAAGAACUCUGGAGUACUUUUCAGUGCGUCUGCAACAAUCCUUGGGCUCAUGUUGGUGAAUUUUGUGAGACUAAUCUCAACGAAAAAGCCCUAACAUUCCUCAACAGAGAAUCUUACGUGAAGAGAAACUACGUGGGAGCUCUACAAAGCUCAUCUGAUGUGGAUAAACAAAUCUGGCGAGAUAUUUUAGCGGAAAAUCUUUUGAUCAACCUAAGGACAUACGACAACUAUUCCCUUGUCUUCUAUGCCAAUGAUCAUUACAACAAUUUUGUCCAUCUCUACAUCAACAAUUCGCAAGAAGUUAAUUUUCUAUUUAACAGCGGCCACAGAAUUGUUAAUCUAACACUCCGGCAUGAAAAUCUCAAUUCGGGAAAGAGUGCUCAAGUGGCUAUUAUUCGAACACCUGAAACCAUCUCGAUGUAUGUCAAUGAUAAAAAUGUCACUAUCCCAAGAGGUGAUGCCCUACUACUUGAUUAUUCAAAUACUCCAUGGGAAAAUCCCGAAAUGGAAGUUUUAUCUCCCCAUAGACCUCCAGCUCCGCCAACUGAGUACUUUCAGAUCAACAUCGGAGGGUAUGACUCUAGAAAUCUUCUGAAAACAAAUAGAGAUGCUGCCGAUUUGCAGGGAUUCGUAGGGUGCAUUGGAGGAUUGAAGAUUGGAGAGACUUUGAUUGAUCUUGAGGACUUGGUUGAUCCUGAUUUGUCCCAUGGAGUUCUUUCCCACUGCCAAAUCCUCUGUGAUGCUGAACCGUGUAAAAAUGGUGGGAUUUGCACAGAACACUUUGCAAGGCAAGAGAGUUCCUGUGAUUGUGAGCAUACCAGUUUUGUGGGAGAGUUCUGCAGUGAGGAGAAAGGAGCUGAUUUCAGUGGAGAAGCCAUUAUCCAGAGGAAAUUUGUUCUUGUUGGAAAAGUGAACUACGUGAAGCUUCAAUUGGCCUUUUCUAGUGAAGAUUUCCGGAGAACUAGUAGAAUUAUGCUGCUAGUUCAGACGGAAAAUCACAGAACGUACUACCUAAUGUUGGGUAUCAGUGCCGAUGGACAUUUGCUGUUUGAGGAAGAUCGAGAGGGAGUUGCUGUAAAGGGCAAGGUGGAAAUCAACUUCCUCAACAAUGCACGGCAUUCAGUGUAUUACGAGAGACAUGGGGACAAUGGAACUCUCUGGGUGGAUCGAGAAAGUGUCCCAUUACUUCCAUUCACUGUAAAUGCCAUAGCAGGAAUAGCAGCUGAUGACUUGGGAGUCAAUGAAGUACAAAUUGGAGGUAUUAAUACAACAGAUCCUAGAUUUGCCAUCUAUAAGAGCUACAGUGGUUGCCUUUCCAAUAUCCUUAUACAAGUCAAUAAUGAUUCUAUGAAGCCAUUGGAAGAGUAUAUGCUCUUCACUAAAACGGGAGCUGACAAUAUAGCAGUGACCAAUUCCCAGGGGGUCAGGAGUGCUCAGUGCAAUGCUCACUUUGACUCUGUGCAGAAGCUCAUCUCAGAGCCAACCCUCAAUUUUAGUCUGGCCACUGAUCGGACAUGGGUUGAAGAUCCUCCCAUAAAGAUCCCGUACAAGUCCAUUUACACGACGCUGACGAAAAAGGAAGAGAAGGCACCUGUUGUUGUGAUCACUCUGGCCAUUCUCUUUCUAGCCAUUAUCAUUGCUUGUGCCUUUGAGGUUUAUCGGUCCAAUCGUGCCUAUGCCAAGAGGAUAGAACGUGAGACGGAUGAGGGUAUUAUCAGGUCCAAGGAGGAAGCUGCUAAAAUCCACGAGACACCCAAGAUGGCCCUCAAAGGAGUCUCAUUCAAUGCUGUGCCACUCACUGAGCCACCGCCCCUUCCAUACGAAAGCAUCACCAAUCAGGUGGCCCUUAAACACUUAGAAAAUGGGAUAACUCCUAUUUAUGAAAAUCCCAGUGAUACUGAGGAGUGAAUAAAGUUUAUCUUGAA